CGGGGCCUCUUUCCCCUCCUCCCUCCCACCUCCAGCCUCCAGGUCCCCAGCGGCCCGCCUGCCUUGGGCCUGAGUGGCAGAGGCGCCUGCAGCUGCCAAUCCCAAAAAUAUUCUCUGAUGACACAGCUGGAGGACAGGAGCCCAGGCUGGCUCCUCCAGGCUAAGUAUAGAGCAGGCGGGACCACCUGCGCCCCCCUCUCCCUCCACGGCCUAGCCCCAGUUCCAGGCCUAGCCCCAGUUCUAGCCCCAGCUCCAGCCCCAGCCCCAGCCCCUCCCCCCAGGACUGGCGGAGCAGCUGCUUGGUUGCAAGGGGCCCUCAGAAGGUGUGAGGGGCUGGUCAGUCUGUCUCUCUGACAAAUAACACCUUCAGGAGCUGGCAGACCCCACCUCCCGGGCUCUUGUCCCACUCGAUGUCACCUGUGUGCUGGCUGCUGGCUGCUCACACCAUCUGUGUAGAGGGGGAGGGGUUGUAUGUGUCGGUCAGGUCACUUGGGGUGAAAACCCUCACCAGCCCCCUCCCCCACAUUCCUGUCCGGAGUGGGAGAUAAGGCUCAGGGCCACAGACGUCUGUGUCAGAGAUAGGAGGUCUCAAUGCCAUGGGCAAGGGCAACUGGGACAGCUGGGCGUGGGAAGGACUGGGGAAGACUGGGGUGAGAAGGGUAGAAGAGGGCGGGUGGUGGGAUGGGGAGGGGAGAGUGGGAGGCCCUGGGCAGACCCUGACAAAAGGGGCACAGGGCAGGGUGUGGGUUUGCAAUUGGCAGGAGCCAAGUGAGCCAUGGUGCCCCCAAGGCCACUGCUCUUCCUCUUGCUACUGGCCCUGCAGGAUGGGGACGGCUGCCAUGGGCCAGAGGUAGACCGGGAGCUUGUUCUGGCCAAGGUGAAGGCUCUCUUCCUGGAUGCCCUAGGGCCCCCGGCAGUGACCGGGGAAGGUGGGGACCCUGGAGUCAGGCGGCUGACCCGAAGACAUGCCUUGGGGGGCUUCGUGCGCAGGGGCUUGAAUCUCGAGGAGGAAGAUGUCUCCCAGGCCAUCCUUUUCCCAGUCACAGGUUCCAGCUGUGAGGAUGAGCCAGCUGCUGGAGAGCUGGCCCAGGAGGCUGCCGAGGGCCUCUUCACGUAUGUGUUCCGACCAUCCCAGCACAUACGCAGCCGCCAGGUGACCUCGGCCCAGCUGUGGUUCCGAACCGGGCUGGACAGGCAGGGCCCAGCAGCCUCCAAUAGCUCUGGGCCCCUGCUUAGCCUGCUGACACUGUCAUCUGGGGGGCCCAUGGCUGUGCCCAUGUCACUGGGCCAGGCGCCCCCUCGCUGGGCUGUGCUACACCUGGCCUCCUCUGCUCUCCCCCUGCUCACCCACCCAGUACUGGUGCUCUUGUUGCAUUGUCCCCUCUGUUCCUGUUCAGUCCGGCCUGAGGCCACGCCUUUCCUGAUGGCCCACACUCGGGCCAUACCAACCAGCGGAGACAAGAGAGCCCGGCGCUCGACUCCCCCACUGCCCUGGCCUUGGUCUCCAGCUGCACUGCGCCUGCUGCAGAGGCCUCCAGAGGAACCUGCUGCCCAUGCCAACUGCCACCGAGCUGCUCUCAACAUCUCCUUCCAGGAGCUGGGCUGGGACCAUUGGAUCGUGCAUCCUCCCAGCUUCAUCUUUCACUACUGUCAUGGGGACUGUGGGCUGCCCAUCCCACCCGGCCCGCCCCUGCCAACCCCUGGGGCAGCCUCUACCCCUAUCCAGCCCCUCUCUUUGGGACUAGGGGUCCAGCCCCUCUCUUUGGUGCCAGGGGCCCAGCCCUGCUGUGCUGCUCUCCCAGGGACCAUGAGGUCCCUACGUGUCCGCACCACCUCAGAUGGAGGCUACUCCUUCAAGUACGAGACGGUGCCCAACCUUCUCACGCAGCACUGUGCCUGUAUCUGAGCGCUGCCUGCCUCCUGACCCCUUGGCUGCUGGAUGAGCCACAUCAUCCACUGGGAGGCCACUCUGGAGGAAGUUCCAAAGAUGGAUGCUUCCUAGUUUCUCUGUCCUUCCACUUGUCUGCCUGAGGGCUCACCUUGUCCCUCCCCCAUGCCCCCUGUCCCAUUGGUAACGUGACAAUAAACAGCAAAGUGCAUAUGACUUGGCAUGCAUUCUCAGGCUUCUUUAAUGUGGGGUGGGACAGUCUAGGACCCAGGAACAUAGGACUGUGGGACCUCAGGACACCCAGCCUCACCUGACCUCAGAGACCUGGGGUUCAAGAGCUGCAAAUGGAUGUGUAGCUUUUGGGAAGCUACAAUGCUUGGGGACAACACAGAUGUCUUCCAAGCACCCCAGACAGCCACUCUGUAGACAGAACUGGCCCCGUGCAAGCCGAACCUGACAUGACAUUCAGAUGGCUUCCCCUGCCCCUGCCACACCUGAAGGAACUGCUUCACGCACAGUGCCCACACCCAAGGCUUCUGUCCCCCCUCCCUGCCAUUCUCUGCUCUAGCUGAUGGACACCCAGCCC